AUGGGCCUAGAUGAGGAGGAGAAGAGGAGAUUUUGGGAGGUUUUGGAUGAAGUGAUUCGGGGCGUGGCUAGUCCAGAGAAGAUUCUCAUAGGAGAGGACUUCAACGGGCACAUUGGUUCGUUGCCAAUGGGGUACGAUGAUGUACAUGGAGGCUUUGGUUUUGGGGAUAGGAAUAACGAGGGAGCUGUCCUUUUGGAUUUUGCGAGGGCCUUUGGAUUGGUGGUAGUUAAUUCCAGCUUUCCGAAGAAGGAGGAAUAUCUGAUUACUUCCUGUAGUAGGGUAGCCAAGACCCAAAUUGACUUUUUGCUGCUUAGGAAGGGCGAUAGAGUUUUGUGCAAGGAUUGUAAGGUCAUUCCGAAUGAGAAUCUUAUGACCCAACAUAGAAUCCUGGUGAUGGAUUUGGUUUUCAAGAUGGGCAAGAAGAUGAGGGGUGAGGAGGGUCGUCCUAGAGUUAGGUGGGGUGACCUGAUUACAGCAAGGGCUUUAGAGAUAGGGGCGAAGUUGGUAGAGAUAAGGGCUUGGAAGGCCCGGGCGAUGUGGAUAGUAUAUGGGAGAGGGCCACUGGGUGUACCAAGGAAACUGUGA